GUUUGGUAUACUUAUUUUCAUGCUAGGCAGUCCUGUCAAUGUCUCAGUCGGAAGCUGCUUCGAAGUUGACAAUCGGAUCGCAUACCUAACCAGCAACGGGCGGAUGUCGGUUGGAUAGGCAGCGACUUAUUACAAUCCUUCCGCUCACAAACGUCGGCGGCGAUACUAUGCAGAGGGUGUGAAGUUACGCUGUGCUGUUUGCUGCCGGAUAAGGGUCUUUAUCUUCAGCACCUAUAAGCUUUGGCUUGCACAGAGAUUGCAGAUAGGAGCAUGCUAUCACUAGAAGCAAUCUCGAUCCCACGAACCAAGAUACUGGUAAGCUAAGUAGGCAAGUAAGCACUCUACCCAAGUGAUAGGCAGGCACUUCUUCAGCCUCAUAGGAUGGGCACAUAUGCCGAUCGAACCAUACGAUCCAGUCAUUUACUCCCGAGUUGGAGACUACAUAAUUAGCCUGCCAUUCGUUUAUUCGCUGGCUCGCUUGCUCUAGGUAUGCUUGGCUAUUGCUCCAUGCUUGGCUACAACUCCCCCACAUGAGCUCCCAUAGAUGAUGCUUCGCCGACGCUUCCGUAACUUGGACAUAAUCAUCCAACCUUCCAUGAGGACGGAUAAACAAACAAACACAACAUGAAGCUAUCAUCCAAUGUAUCGUUGUGGCCACUGCUACUGCUCUGCCAUGUGUCCAUAGCCGCGGCUACCCGGCGGAAGCUUCUAGCCGGCGGCACCAUCAUUGCAUUCAACAACAACAGCAACAACGACGCCGGGCCAUUCAAUAUAAUCCGUGGCGGAUCCCUGCUCAUCGACGGCGACAAGAUCGCCUCGAUAUUCGACGCUGCCGCCCCACCACCACCGGAUGCCCUCCCAGCCGACACCGAGGUCGUCGACUGCACCGACAAGAUCAUCACGCCCGGGUUCAUCGACACACACCGCCACGGCUGGCAGACCGCGUUCAAGACAUUGGGCUCCAACACCACGCUGGCCGAGUACGCGAUGCGCUACAGCGCUGCCGUCGGGCGCUCCCUCUUCACCCCUGAGGAUCUGUACGUCAGCCAGCUAGCGGGCACCUACGAGGCGCUUGCCGCGGGGGUGACUACGAUCCUGGACCACGCUCACCACACCUGGACCCGCGAGCACGCGGAAGCAGGGUGGAGGGCAUCGGUCGACAGUGGUGCGAGGGUGUUCUUUGGCUACACGUUCCAGAACACGUCCACCGGCUUUCAAGUCCCGCAGCAGAUGGACCACUGGCGUGAGUUAUACGCCGAGGAAUCGCAUGGCCGCGCGACUCUGUGCAUGGCGUACGAUGACUUUACGAACAACCCGGAGUCUAUCACUAGAUCUGUGGUUGACUUUGCCAAAGAAAACAAAGUCCCAGUCCUCACGACCCACAACGUCGAAGGGCCCUGGCUAUUCGGCAACUCCCCCAGCACCCUGCACCACUUCUCCCUCCUCGACCCCGCCGCCCCCUCCCCCACCCUCCCCCACAUAGUCCUCUCCCACGCAAGCUUCCUCACCCCCCGAGACUUCCAGCUCCUGCUCUCCAGCAACCAGCACAUCUCCAUCACCCCCGAGUCCGAGAUGCACUACGGGCACACCCACCACCCCUCCAGCCACCUCCUGCUCCCCCAGUCCUCCCUCGGCGUCGACACGCACUUCACCUUCUCCUCCGACAUCCUCACCCAGGCCCGCAUCUGGCUGCAGUCCGUGCGCGCGCGCAUCUACGCCGCGACCCUGACCCACGCCUGGGCGAUCCCCGACCGCAGCCCCAUGUCCGUGAACCAGGCCCUGCUCCUCGCCACGCGGCAGGGCGGCCUGGCCCUCGGCCGCCCGGACCUCGGCGUCCUCGCGCCCGCCGCCCGCGCAGACAUCCUCGUCUGGGAUGGCCGCUCGCCCGCGCUGCUGGGGUGGGCGGACCCCGUCGCCGCGGUGAUACUGCACGCGAGCGUCGGGGACAUCGCGGACGUGCUCGUCGGCGGGGAGUUUGUGAAGCGGGAUGGGCGGUUGGUGGUGGAGGGGUACGACGGGGUGGCGGAGCGGUUUUUGGGGGUCGCGAGGCGGGUGCAGGCGGCGUUGAAGGCGAUGCCGCUGCCCGAGCUGGUGGGGACGUUCUUGACGGGGUCGCCGUUUGGUGAGGUUAAGGAGGUUGAUGCGCAGCGGGGUGAGGGGACGGGGUAUGGGCCGAAUUACUUUUGAGGAAGAGGUAGGUAGGCUUUUUGUAGUGACAGUUAGGUAUAUAUCGACUCGUUUUGUAGGUAUAUUUCGACUAAUAACCCUCUCCUAUUCGAAUACAUUACGAUGAUAGUCAAGACUAGGUGAUGUCCUACACAGUCCCACCUUGUGCAUUUAUAGGUAUAUAUGCCAUGUAUAACUCGCAUAUUAUUAUACUAUGCAUGUAACGAUUAGCAAAUAGGGGGUGACCAGA